CAGUGUGUGCUGUUUGGCUGGUGGCUCUUUGUGGCGUCUGUGGUUGGUGUCAACGCAAGCUGGGGAAGAGGAAUAAGCCGGGAGUGGAGACAGCAGACACUCCAGAUUCAGCACGUGGGCGAGGGGAGAAGAAAGCCAUCAAUGAUCUAGACAGAGACUUUUGGAAUAACAAUGACAGCAGCACAGUGCAGCAGAAGUGGAGCUCCUAUCCUCCCAAGGAGUUCGUACUAAACAUUUCUCCCUAUGCUCCAUAUGGAGAUCCUCGCCUCACACUCAAGUGAGUCUUGGUCUAAGGCUGGUAAGAGACUUUUCCCCUGAGCAGGGCUGUAACGAGGCAGGGGCAGUGUCACUCUCCCUUCCCUCUCUUCCCCUUUUUCCUCUGCUUUCUGUUCACCUCCCUGACUUCCUCUCCUCUCCGCUCCUCACUCCAUCAAUCCUUUCUGUGCAGUCACCACCACUAUAGCCGCUCAUCAAAUUGAACAGCUGGAUAUGGAUGUUAUAACAUCAGACAUUAAAUCCCCCUGGUUUAAUGGUCUUUAUAGUUUUUAUAUUCUCUAGGACAAAAUUUACUGAGGGGUUCCUGGGGUUAUGUGGCCAGGGGCCUUUUGAGCGAGCCACAUGUCAGACAGUGGCAGAAUAUAAACACAAUUCUAGACUUUAUUAUUAUGGUUGAAUAACCCUGUUCCCAUCCACAAUAGUAAUAACCGCAACAAUAACAACCCACCCGAUGUCAGCACACUGGAGGGCACAAAUGGUACUAAUGAUUACUCAUAAUCUGCUCGGGAAAUGUGAGCAUAGGAAAAUGUCAUAUACGAACAUUACAGCGUCCCUGUGACAGCCAUUUGACUAUCGCUGCGGCAGAGCGGCAGCGCGGCCCUGUAAGCCCCCCCAGGCUAAUUUCUGCUGCUACUCCUCACAUCCUGUCACCUUCUAAUGAACACAGAGGCACGUGUUCACAUGCCCCCCUACUCCCUACAGCCCUGCUGCUCCCACUAACUCCUGACCUCUAACCUCUCCCCUCUCUCCCAUGGGCUGUAACCAUGGAGACGGACAACCCUCAUAUAGCCCUCCUUUCCAAAAGACAUGUGUACACUUUAACCCGCCUUCUCUGUAACCUGUGCAUCUCCCUGUCCUCUUGCUUGUAUCAACUGAAAUUUGCCUCUUUUUUUGUUAGUUUGUCGUUGUUGUGGAGGGUUGACCGUUUACACCAGGUUGCAGUGUGGUGCCAGUGUUCACCUGUGGUUCACAUCCAUCUGUGGCUUCUCUCUGAUCCCCAUCAACCCUAAUUGCAAACGUUUGCUGCACUAACACUGUGGCACUCCAACUUCACCCACUGUCAAUCACAUUGAGAGAUACAGUGUUUGUACUUGAUGCAAUUUAAGUCAUUUUUUACUCACUAUAGGCACUUGAAUCCAAUAAAGCCCUCGCAAGGUCAUACUUAUCUCCCUGCCGGCACUGAGAGGCCUCUGAGCUCAGACAUCCUGCUACCAGGCAUCUGUCUGAUAAACUGUCUAAUAACUGGUCAUCUUUAAUAGACCUAGCCGUUGUGGACUGUGUGUUAAAUUGCCUGCAGAAAGGAGGUAGUGGUGUGUUUAUGAACACUGUGGAUAUAUGGAUUACUGUCUGAAAACUCUGCCUGAGGAUGGUGGCUGCUGAUCUCAGGAAACCAGCUUGAGAGCCCAGUGUCUGUAGAAGUUCUUUUUUUUUUUUUUAAGAAAACAAAAAACCCUCAAGGUUGUAAUUUUUUGUUCAUAGUUUCUCCUCGGGCUGGCGGUGAAAAAUAAAUGAACUUUUCACUGCAGUAAUGGUAAAAUGAGUUGUUUUAUCAGGUGUGGGUGAGCCAGUCAAAAGGGCCGGCAUUUUAAUUAAAAUAAGAAAACACUGAAAAGAUUUUUUUUUUCACUAGCAGAAACUGGCAGACCUCCUAACUUGAACCAAUAAUAUGUUGCUAAAGUCAACAGACAGCUGGAAAAUCAUUUUCCUGUUCACGAUCAUCUGGAGAUCAGCAGCUUUCAGUCACAAUGGGCCUCAUCUAUCAAACAGGUUUAACCUCCCUCGCACCUUCAAUCUCCAAGAGAUUUAUGAAUAUGAGUUUAAAUUCUAACAUUUUUCACUUACAUUUGGACUCCAUGGUGAGCCUGCAAUUUGCUAAAUGUCAGCGGCAAGUCAAAGCACUCUCGUGAAAAAAUGGUCGUUGACGUAAGCAUUUUUCAAAUGUAGCUAUUGAGUUUGGUGAGUUAUAAUAUACUUCGUCGAUCUGAUUGGUUUGAGAUGAAGAAAAGUGUCAGAGAUUAUGUAUUUGAUAUCCGUAUAUCUUUUAAAUAAAGAGGGAAGACUUUCACCUUGUGCUCGGCUCGAUAAAUGAGGCCCAUGACUCCUGUGUUGACUGUUGCUCCGGCAGUGUCAUCCGUGCUCUGGUUGUGAUUGAUGACUUAUCCACGUGCACUGUCAGGUCAUUUGGUCAGAAUGAAAUGCGAAAGGUGACCUUCAAAGGGACAUGAUGUAAGAGUAGCACCCACCCACACCGCCACUCCACUUCCUCCCUUCCCAUUCCAGGCAUACACACCAGGCGACAGUGUCUUUCUGUGUUUCUCCUGUUUUGCGUCUCCCGGAGCAGGAGCACCAUGCAUAUUAAUGAAAUGUAGUCAUGUCACCAGAGGGCACUACUGUGCUUUAUUUUUGAUCAUCGCUGCUUUUUUAGAGCAGACGUGACAUUUCAAACCCAAAACCAGUUUAUUUAAAUGAAAUCUGAGUUGACAACUGCUCUUAUUUAUGAAAGGUGGUUAAUCACUGGAGGUUGAUAUGAUUAGAUUUCCCUCAUGAUGUUUCCCUACUCUGUGCUGCAGGUAUUUCACUGCUUCCUGUUUAUGGAUGCUAAGCAGUUAUCAGAUGAACAGAUUGAUAUCUAAAAAUAGAGUGGGACGGUGUCUUACAGGAACAGAUGCACUUGUAUUGAACUGAAUGUCACUUUGGAUGACUUCUCCCAAUGAGUCGAUUACUCGCCCGUGAGGCACUUUGCUGCACGUCUUCUAUUGAAUUGCCUCGUAUAGCAGCAAAUCUCCAGCCUCAAAUGCCUUAAAUGAAUGAGAAAAUGAGAACAAAGUGACCAGUGUCCACACACUGAUGCCAGCUCGUGAAUGCUGGCAGCUGCACCCCUGGUCCUCCAGGCCCAAAGGAGUCACUUCUCGCUGGUUUUCCACCCUUCACAGGCUCCUUCUUCUCCUCCUCCUCCUCUUCCUCCUCUUACCUUCGCUCCACUCCCUCAUCUCUCUCUUUAUCCACACUGGACCUUUUCAUCCACGUGCCUGAAAAACUAAACCUGUCCUCACCCCGCCACACACAUACACACACACACAAACACACACACACACUCUACUGAUCUGUCUCACCUCCUUAUGUAGUUGCUCAAUCUAUUUUCCUGUGUGUGUGUUGUGUGUGUGUUUGUGUCUCUCUUUCUCCAACUCUUUUGCGUGUCUUUACUUGUCUUUUUCUCCUCUGCCUGUCGUUAUUCUCCCUCUUCUAUACCCUCUGUCCACCAUGGGACCUCCGCACCCUGUCUCUCUCUCUCAGUGGGGCAGUGUCAGGGGGUCAGAAGGGGGCAGCAACUGGGCAUGGGGAUGAUGGGGGGGGUCCUAAUCGCAGUGACAGCGUGAAGAGCAUGGUGACAGAGGGAGUGAAGGCCGGGAGGUGGCAGACUGUCCAGGGCCACAUGCAGUCUGGAGGACUGAGACCCAGCAACUUUGGGGAUCCAGUCCUAUCCUAUGCAUCCACUUUGGAGCACAUCCCUUCUGGGCCGGCCCGGCCUCGGACACUCUUGCGCCAGCAGAGUCUUCAGCAGCCUCUCAUCCAGCCGCCGGGCCCCGGUCUCGCACAACCUCCCACCACAUCCCAGAGCUUGGGACAAUUACACACUGCACCUGGACAGCCAGGGGGAGGCGGGGGUGCUGGGCGAGGAGAGGGAGGUGGCAGCGGUGGUGAGGGUGGGGUUGCAGGUACGCGAGGCGGUCCCCGGGGUGCGCGGGGCAGCCCAGCAGGAGCAGGUGCCUCUCGCUAUAGGGGAGGUGGAGCAGCAGGGCGCUCACGUGCCAAUCCUGGCAGCUGGGAUUACAUGAUGGACCAGAUGCGGAAUCGAGGCCUGGAUGCCAAGUCCUUCUUUGAGGGGAAGAUGGUGGUCCUGGCUUUGGCCAUUGGUGUGGCCGAGCAAGAUGACUUUGCCAAUAUCCCUGACCUGCAAGAAACAGCGCAGGCAGCACCAGCGGCCAAUCAGGAGCCCCCUCCUGAGAAGAGGGGCAACAAACCAGCUAACAGCCCCAAAGGCCAACCCCCUGAUGCUGACGGUCACUCCUCCGUAACUGACCUGGCCAAUUCUCUCACCGGAGACAUGGUGAUGUUGUCCCCUGGUUCGGAGGAUGAUGACGGCGAAGGGCCCAUCAGUGAGAAGCUGGGCCGGAUCCAGUUCAGCAUAGGUUACAGCUUCCAGAACACGACUCUCACUGUCAAAUUGCUCAGGGGCCAGGACCUGCCGGCCAAAGACUUCUCUGGCACCUCCGACCCCUUCGUCAAGAUCUACCUGCUGCCUGACAAGAAGCACAAGCUGGAAACCAAGAUCAAGAGGAAAAACCUCAACCCCCACUGGAACGAAACCUUCCUUUUUGAAGGCUUCCCGUAUGAGAAGGUUAGAGAGCGCACUCUCUACCUUCAGGUGUUGGACUAUGACCGCUUCAGCAGGAACGACCCCAUCGGAGAGGUGUCGAUCCCCCUCAACAAGGUGGAACUGGGCCAGAUAAAGACUUUCUGGAAGGAGCUCAAGCCCUGCAGUGAUGGCAGCGGGAGACGAGGAGACCUGCUGCUGUCACUCUGCUAUAAUCCCUCUGCCAACACCAUCACUGUGAACAUCAUCAAAGCCCGCAAUCUCAAAGCCAUGGAUAUCGGGGGCACCUCAGAUCCAUAUGUGAAGGUGUGGCUGAUGCAAAAGGACAAGCGUGUAGAGAAGAAGAAGACGGUGACGAUGAAGCGCUGUCUGAACCCCAUAUUCAAUGAGUCCUUCCCCUUCGAAGUGCCCGCCCAUGUGCUGAGGGAGACCACCAUCAUCAUCACCGUCAUGGACAAGGACAGGCUCAGCCGCAACGACGUUAUUGGCAAGAUCUACCUAUCAUGGAAGAGUGGACCGGGGGAGGUGAAGCACUGGAAAGACAUGCUCGCUCGGCCGCGUACUAACGUCGCCCAGUGGCACGCUCUCAAGGCCUGAUCGAGCCGCCCAGCUUCCUCCAUGGCCUCCCCUCCCAUCUCCUGCCGCCCCCCUUCUCCUCCUCCCUCCUCCUCCUCCUCCCUCCUCCCUCCUGCCUCCUGCCUCCCCCUCCUGCCUCCCUCCCCCUCCUCCUCCCACUCCCGUCCUUAUGCACAAGACUGACUUGCUGCCAGGCUGCGAAACACGGGUACAAUUAGCCAUCUGCUCUCUUAAACCUUUAAACUCUUUGCUUUCAAAAUCUCUAUUCCUCUCUGAAAAGUCUCUCUCUCUCUCUCUUCAUUUGUUCCUUCCUCUCUCAUAUACGGCCGUGUCUUUGAUUUAAGCCUCUCACCCUUUUUCGCCGAUGGUCCCCCUGUUUCUGACUGUCUGUAUGUCUGUCUGUCCACAUGCACUUUGCCUGCGGAGGUCUCCGAUGUUCCGUUUCUUUGUCGACCCCUUGGUUCUGAACUGCACUGCAGCCCCCUGACUAAUUCAAGGUGCCGGUCCCGUGGGAUCACAGAGAAUCUUAUUAAAACCUAAUCUCAUAUAAUCCUAUUGUAUUGACUAUUCCAGGUACACAUAUAUACAUAUACAUGCUAAUAUAAAUGGCGUUAUAGAUUGUCAGAACCCCCCCCCCCUAAAAACAUGAGUAGUAUACAGUAUGUUAUCCAUAACCUUUCUGCAGUUUCUCAUCCCUCCCCUCUCUUCAUUUGUCACCUCGUUCUUGUCAUCUGUCUCAAGUGAACUAUAUCCUGUCCUCCAUUUCUGUCCUCCCUCCUUUUACUCAAAAGUGGUUUAAUGUUCAGCUGAAGUUGUCAGAAGCAAUCAAUACUCAGUUUGUGAUGCGACUAGCUGAACUCGGAUGGAAUUGUUGAUACUGCUCUCUCUAUCUCUCCCUCCCUCCCCCUUUUUCUUCUCUAUAAGCUUCUUCUUUCUUUCCCCCUUAUUGUUCCCUUUUUCUCUUCCUCUGGCACAAUAUUAGCGAACCCCUCCUCGCCCCCUUUUUGGACCCCCCACCCCCUCGUCGUCUGUGUGCUGUGGGUGCUGUGCCGUAGCUCCAACAAAAAUAGAGAUUAAAAAAAGAAAAUACUUAACUAAACUGAACUUUCCGACGUUUGGAAAGCGGGAACACAACAAACUUGUGAAAUGGAUCGCUCCUGAUUUUUCCAGACAAAACGGCCUGACAUGGAGAGAGAAAAAAGAAGAUGAAGAACAAAAAAAAAGUAACCAAGAUACGAUGAUGUCAUUUUUCACAGCAUCACCAACUGAGGAAACAAAUUAAAAAUCUUCUUCCAAUGUUUAGAUCGAAACAGAAGCAAAAAGCAGAGUUUGUGCUGUUGGUGCACGUGUGUGCUCACUUCAGUCUGUUUAUUGAUGCUAUGAAUUCUCUGUGCUGCCCUGUGCUCUGGCUUUGUGCUGACGGGGGUCGAACUCCAGCAGUUUUGACCUGUGUGGCUGCCUUACUGCGUGUGUUCAUGUGUGUGUGGGUGUGCGUGGGUGUGUGUGUUCACAGGAACAACAUAAUUCUGACUCGGCAGAAACCUUCUUCUCUUUUCUCUUUCUCAUCUUGCGCUCUUCUUGCUCUUCUUAUACUGCCAUUGUUUCCCCAACCUCUUUUACUGCCCUGCCUUCUAAAUGAGGGGAAGUUCUAUCUGCACUUUUUGAAAAUGUAAUAACAAUAAUAAUGAUGAUCGUUUUGAUGAUGGCUAUAGUACUGGUGGAAAUGAAGGGUGGAGUAUCUGAGAGGGUGAGGGAGAGGCGACGUCUGCUCUGUGAUUUCAGGGUCUGGAGAUGGAGUGGGGGACACAGAGGAGGGAUGUAGGGCUCUCAUCCUCCUCUCUUUUUUGUUCCUCUUGUUUUCCUCGGUGCACCUGUGUACAUGUGUCUGUGUGUGUGUGUUUGUAUGUGAGCUACCAGACUCCCGGGGGCAGGCUACUGGUGUCUGAAAUGUCAGACCAGAAUGGAGAGAUCAGGCCCAUCUGCUUGUCACGUGGGGCCGGCCCACACUACAGUGUUAUUACACAAUGUGUUGAUCAACAGCAGGCCCGCUCUGAGCGCUCAGAGUCUGUAUCUGCCCACGAUGCUGAGCAGGAGCCGCGUGUAGAUGUGGGAACAGGGAGACAGAUGUGCAGUUUGGCUUUAACGCAGGAAGAAAAACAGGACGACAGCGCCUCGUCUGAGUUUUAGUUGUUGUUCACAGAAACUAUGAACAACUGCGUGUCACACACAGUGGUUGUGAUAUUAGAUGACGGUCUGAUCUGCCGCUGUGAGACGCUCCCUGAGUGUUUGACAGCAGCACAGAGAGCACUGGGGCUGGUGCCCGUAAAUAAAACAAAAAGCAGCGAUGCGCAUAUUGUCAGUUAUCAAGAGCCUCUCACACAGAUGUCUGCUCCUUCGUCGUCUUACUCCUAACUGAGUGUGUUUGUACAUUCAUAAAAAGCUGUGAAGCAUAAUAAUCCAGUCUCCUCGCUGUUUUUCUUAUUUUCACUGCAGUGACUUUGAUUUUAUUUCUAAAUGAGCAUCAACCUUUCAAACAUCUCUCAGGUUUACACUGAGCAAGCAAAAAUAAUGUGUUUUUCACUGCUUCUGUUAAUAGUGUUUGUUGCUCCUACUGACUCUGGCCCCAUUAAAGCCUGCAGGUCCUGCAGUGGAUUUAAUCUUCUCUUAUCUAGCAAUAAUUUGAUAGUAUCUCGUGUUUUUGUGCUCGUUUUGAUUUAUGCUAAUGAUAACCCAAUCACCGUGAGACAAAUUGAAAGAUAGUCUAAUCUUCACAAGGUUUGUCCUGUGUGCUGUGCUGUGAGUGUAUUUUGGGCGGUUGUGCUUCACGUGAGCCGCGGUGCUGUCCGCUGUGAUGCACUGAUGUAAAUGGGCCUGACCACUCAAACCGCUUUACAGUUUUAUUACACACACAUAUUCACACAGUGCAUCUAUGGGAAGCACUUUUUCUAUGAGGCACGCAAAUGUUGCAUGUAGAGAACUUGAGAACAGAGAGAGGUCAUUAGUGCUAAUCACAGCAAUGACUUCAUUGGUCGUAUUCGAUUGCUUCUAGAAAACAGAUUAAAGAGACUUUGGUAUCAGCUGAUCCAGUCCAGCACCCUUCAGAACAAUUGGCCAGCCGUGGAACAGGGCACACUGUUUGGACAGGCACUGCCUGCAGUGUCACAGCUCAUUACUGAACCGUGAGGUGGUCAGAAAGGAGCAAUAUCUGCCUCCUCGGACCUGAGGGACUCGCUGUGUGCAUGGACAACCCUUGCUUAGAAUAAUACAUGACGCGCGACGCUCUCCUGAGCAGCGAUGAGGAUGAUCGACAGGGAUAAAAACUCAUCAGUCGAAAUGAGGAAAAUAAUCAGUGGGCGAUCGUAGUGGAAGCUGUGAAAGCCAAACCUGGUUUGAAUAAGCAGGUGUGCAGGUGAUGAGUCAACACAAUACGUCCGCCGUUUCCUUUCACCGAGAUUACAUCUUGCUCAAGGAGUGAUAAAUUGUUAUGCUAAGGGGGUUUACAGUGCUUUGUCAUCAGUGACCCUGUAAGCUGGGGGAUAUGGUUUUAUUUUUAGUAACAGGCAGCACAGUGUGAUGCCUCUGAUCCUCCAGGGAGACUGGGGGCUGGGGGCUGGGAGGGUACAGGGUUGGGCUUUUAAAACUUACAACACCGGGAGCUUUUGCAUACAGACAACUUCUUAGUCCUAAGCAUUAUAUUUUCCAUUCUUAAAAGUUCUCUAAAAGUUCCUCAAUAGGCCGGUUAUCAAAUAAUUAGCCCUUUGGGCGAAGGCAGGGAGUUACUGAGCAAACUGUUACAAUGAAAAUGUGCUUCUUAUGUAAAAUUUCUUAACCUCUUUUGUUUUGUUGACAUCGGCUUUUCUGUCCCAUUGUUCGAGCUCCCAUAGACCCAAGUGCUAAAUGAAAUAAUGAUAAUCGCUAAAUCAACAUUUUCCUUUACUACUGGCCUUAUUAAAACUUCAGUUCAAAAUCACAUUUAUAAGCUUUUCUCAUUAAAUAACAUUUAAUGAAGAGUCAAACUCAUAAAACAAUGUAAGUACAUGUUAAAGAGAGCAUCAGAUUUAAAGAAAGGACUCUGUACUUUGCAAAGAGUAGUUCUGCAGGUACCUACAACUUAUCUUAACUAGACUAAAACAAGACUCAGAUUCAGACUCGGCAGGUUUAGUUCCAACUGCACUCGUCACAGCAUCAGUUUGAAGUUGAUAGGAUGAGAAAAUAGAGGGACAGACAGACAAAGAUUUCUGAAUUUGUUGAUAUCUAAAAAGACAAAAUCAGUCAAGUUGUGCUGAGGGUCAUAGCCACUCUAUAAAAGUCACUAUUGCCUCUAAAAACAGCCAGAAAUACAGUGAAAUGUGACUGUAACACUGCCAAUCGUUGAAUAAGAUACUAAUUGAAGUCACACUUUAGGAAACCGAGUGUGUCAGAGCUGCAUAUAAUUUAUCACAGAGUCCAGAAAGUUCCACACAAAAAAAACAGCAGUCACUCGGCAGCUCCAUUAAAACGGAUGGUAAGCUCAGAGCCAAACAGUAUAAAGGAGAAAGCAAUUUCCAAAUCCCACUUUUAUUUUACUGCCACCUGUCUCACACCUCGAAACUUAUUGCAUUUUGUUGGCAGCAACAGUGUCAGCAAUGACCUUCAACAAUCCCUGGCUCAUGAAUACAGCGUGGUGGCGGCGGCGGCGCAGCUACUCCCAGUGAGGACUGCUGUCAGACUAGGUGCACUUCCUCUCCUCGCGCUCAGCCCCGGCUCCGUCUUCCAUCAUCGCUCCGCUCCCUGGCGAAGCCAACUGGUCGCUGCAGGUGUGGGUAAUUACUGUGUGAUUACUAAGGUUUAAUUUACGAUGACACACACAGAGAACACUGCCCACAACUUUGCCACGGAACACAGGCUCUAAAAACCAAUUUCCUUUGCCACUUAAAUUAAAUUUAUACCUAUUAUAUAUGUUAUUUCCUAAUUUUUCUUUCGAUCUGGAGAGUAUCAGAACACUUUUUGAAUAAAGUUUUUCCAAAUUUCUUAUUAUUAGAGGCUCAUUUACUUCUUUUAUAGUUAUAUGUAUAGUCACUUGCCUCUGGGGGUGGGCUAUGUUGGUUUCUGCGUUAUGUAUACAUCAGUGUGAUAAAAACGACCUAAAAUGACCAUCAUUGACAAAAGUUUUGGACUUUUUAGUUUGGUCCAUGUCCCAUCCACAAACAUGGAGCAGGCAGGGUUUGUGACCUCUACUGCAGUCAGCCACCAGGGGGAGAUCGAGACACAUUGGCUUCAGUUUUGCGGAGCAGUCAUAUCGUCCAUCUUUAUAUAAAGUAUAGUUUGACCAAAUACCUGCAAAAUGAAUGACAUUACCCAUCGGCCUCAGCUGCAUUUAGAACUAACUGGCAGAAGUUAGCAUGCUAAUAUGCUAUAGACUCUUACUCUAUGUAUAAAACUUUAUUGCUGGAUAAAGUAAAAUAUCCAUCACCUGGACUCCCAUCUUCUCUGAGAUGUUUAUUCCUCCGUGUUCUCCCAAAUUAAUCAUUGUCACCAGCAGCCUCCUCCUCCUCUGUUUACUUUCUAAAUAACUAAAAGCUUUAUUGGCUGAUGGGGUCACACCUGUUUGCCAAGGGAUAAGUAAGAUAUUCCUCUGAGCCUGAUGAUAUUAUGUGUCCUUGUCGCACGCUCUGAAGCCCCUUUCUUUCUCUUCACUGGUUUUCCUUGAUGGAUAUGGCUUCCUCAAGAUGAGCGUCAAUGACUCACUCUAUUGGAAAGGUGCCUGCUUUGCAGUAGUUUGGGCGAUAUUGAAUUAAGGGUACACUGUGCUUUAUGGGAGAACUUCAGGUGUGUGUGUGUGUGUGUGUUUUAAAAUCAGGCUGUAGUAAUCUCAUCCCAGUGGGACUGCAGUGUAGCUUUUAUUCUGCUGAAUCAUAUUAUGACAGCGCAGGCAGCCCAGAAGUGUCCCGGGUCACCUUUGUCAUGUGUCCAGUCCGUCCUGUGAGUCUCGCCCUGCGCAGACAGCCCUCGCCUCCUCCAACCACCCUCUCCAUUGUUUUAAGCAUCUGGUGAAAACCAAUGUGACUUCUCCCAAUCAGGGUUCAAGUGAGCAUUCUUUGAAUGGUAACAAAAUGAAUAUGAAAGACAAUAAGUAAUAAUAUAUAUAUUUUUUCCUUUUUUGUUCACAUUUGACUGUUGGUCAGUGUGUACGUAUGUGUGUGCUUGGUGUUCUUGUGUUGGGUUUAUUUCUUUACAAAAACGUGAUAAGAAACUCCUUCUGUUUUUGAAAAACUUUAUGUAAAUAUCGUUGGUGAAAACUAACAUUUGUUGUAUGCCGAGUUUGUUUUCAUUUGUCACUUGAAAUGAUAAAGAAAACAAAGAUAUUCAUGAAUAACAGUGGUGAUGUUGAUGAUGCUGAAUCUGAUUAUAACUGCCCUUCUUGAAUAAGGGCUUUUGAUGUCCGCUGUAUAAUUGUUGGAGGUGUUUGAGGUUCGGGGCAAGAGAAACAAAGGGAAGGAGUGAUACCCGACACAUCCCAGGCCCACUGUAGCAACACUGCCACAUGCCUUCAUACCCUUGACCCCACCCCACCUGUCCCCACCUCCCAACACACACACACUCACACACAAACACACACACUUCCAGGAAAUAGACGUAGCCUGUGUCAUUUACACCGUAAAAGCAUCCAUGUACUUUAUUACAAACAGAGUCUUCCCUGGCUGUGUGAGGGAACUGUUCACCUCCCUGUGGAGUCACUCUGCCAUGGCCGCCUGGCAUCACAUCUCACCCUGUCUGCUUACAGGCUUGGGGAUUUACUGUAAUGCCAUUGUGUUAGACGGGAUUGGCCCUGUACUGACACUGAUGAUGCCUUCCAUUGAAUUUGAAAUCAUAAUUGCUCAGCUGGAGGCCAGACAUGGGGACGGACAGGCACGUAUGGAGGAGGGAGAGGAGCUCAAAGUGAGAGAACAUACAUCAUCCAUCUGAUCUGACACAGUAAAGACAAUUUGCAUGCUUGUAUUUGGGGUUGGACUCCGGAUUAAGCACCGCUGACUGCUGUGAACUUGCCACAUAAUAGGCCCGUCUCUUGCUCCAGAUAUUUGUAAGAACUCCUGAAAGUAGAACACAGGAUUAGACUAGGAACCAUCACAUGCCUGACAGUAGAAAUUAGGGGUUUAAUCAUCAAAUAAAAUGAGGGAGAAUAACACUGAUCUCUCUAAAUAUCUAAAAUAUGCCCUUUGCAGUCUCAACAUGCAAUUUAACCAAAAUUGUAAAAAUGCACCAGGGCUGCAGUCCAAUUAUUUCCCCUCUUUUCUAUAUGCCACCGCCCUAUGUAUCUGGCUGGGUCUGCAUACAGUGCAGGGAGGGAGCUUAUCAAUUUCGUAUUACUUUUUUGGACCGUCCCUGCUACAGACAUGAUACAGUACAGCAGAUACUCCCAGCAGCCGUCUGCAGGAAGGACAGGGGAUACUGUCCUGCCUUCAUUUGUAAUACCAUCCUUUAGAGGGAGUCUCACAGGGAGUCCGAAAAUACAAACACACACACACACACAGUCUGCCAUUUAUCGAUGCACUGAAAUCAAAUUCUCACUAUUUUCCCUAAAUCCAGACCCUUCAGAACACUUCUUUCGUUUCUUGCUGGUUGUAAAUAGUCUUUGUGAACCUGUUAGAGCAGCCUCUAACUCCUGCCAUAAUGUGGAUAUUUUUGAUCAGGUAGGUAAUAAGCAAUACACUAUAAUUGAUCGUAUAUACGCCAUACUUUGAACUAUUACUUACCGAGUCGGAUUGUGACUCCUCUUGCAUUAUGGGAUGUCGAGGGUAGCACUCCUGUUUCUUCACCUGCUUUCUCGGCUUGCCAUGGGGCCCACCUCUUCGACAAAGAGUGCUCUAACUCAAAAACACACAAUUGUGAUGUGUACAAUCUAAUUUAAUGUAUUUAUUUAUGUAUUUUUGCCAACUUUGUAUAGUGUAUAAAUAUCUAUAAAUAUAUGAAAAAAAGACAGUACUGUAUAGAUUUUAGCUGCCUGGUAAGGUUAAUAGUAUAUACUUGGUAGACUAAAAGAAAAAGCGUAGAGCUGUUCAAAAGCCAGUUAUUGAGAAAAUGCUUUCUGUAAAACCUGGUGCCACUGGCUCUUUUUAUAUUCUAGGUUUCGUUUAUGGUUCAUUUUUUUAUUUUAAUUUAUUUUUUUAUUCCAGCCAGUGGGAUCCAAAGUGUGUGUUGUUCUUCUUUCCGUCCGUUUCUUUGUUGAUCGGUUGGUUUGUUGUUUUUUCUUGACAAGACACAGCGAGGUUCUGGCAGCCAGGAGAGUGCAGUGGAACGCAGACUGGGACCCUGUGCAGUAGUGUGUGCGUGUGUGUGUGUGUGUGUUAUAGGUGUGCGUCCGUCCAUAGUAGUGCUAGUGCUCUCUGUGCAGUGCCUCCUCCCUCCCUCGCUCCUCCCUCGCUCUGAUGUAGUUAGUCAUGUGACGCAGUGCGUGUUAAGGUGCAGAAUGACUGUGUUUGCUGAAAGCUGGCAGAUGCCCUCUCUCUCUCUCACUCUUUUUUUGUCUCCCCCACCACACUUACACUCUGCUUCUUCAUCACAACGCUUCAGUUUAUCCUCCACCAAGUAUAGAUUUCCACUUCCUCCGCUCAAUUGUUCAUUUACUCUCCCAUUCAGCUGGCAAUGCGAACACCACCAUUGCAAUUCCCCAGUAAUCCAUGCUUCCUCAUCUAUCAGUGAUUCUUUGCCCAUUAGCCGCUCUCAUCCAUCACCCACCACAUUACCACCGUGUUUAUCUGCAGGACUCUGUGGACCAGAGAACGAUUUAGCACAGAAAAAGGAGAAUGGAUCCAUGCAACUCAUCCCCGGUCACACCUUCACGCUUUUCCUUGUUUGUCUGUACGGACUCAGAGGAGACGGGCAGCUGCCGGCUCUGCCCACAGAAAACACAAAGCAGCCAUAUUCAGAAGUCAAGCACAGAGCUGUGACUCAAAUCCAUGUUGUGGUGGCUUCACUGCUGCCCUGUUUGUAGCAGGAGAAAAGCCUUAAAGAUCGGACCAACUACACAAAAAAAGUAGUGGGAUAGAGCAUUUGCAGUGGACUAUUAUUACCUUCCCUUUCCCACACCAGAUUUAUUACUCAGUAUUCCGAUGUGUUGCUUGGUUGCUCUGUAUAUAUCUGUGUAGUACUUCUGUUGAUGUCCUUGUAUUAGGAUAGUAAUGGGUUCUUACUGGGUGUCCUCCGCGGACGUCCUCCUCCUCAUGCCUCCUCACAUUUCCUCCAAAACUUCAAACAUUCCAUCUGAAUCUCAAGCGAGAAGCGUUUUUGAGAUGAUUAGACUUCACGUUGGCUGAGAGCAAAACAGCAGAAUGACUGACCCACAGGUGUUUCCACAGAAGCCAUGAGAAUAAUCUAGAAGUCACGUCCCUCUGAGAACCGCAAAACCCGAAACUUGACUCCACACUCAGCGUGAAGACCCUCACGCACGCCCCUUUGCUCCUCCAAACCCACCUCCGCACUGACUACACCCGGCUCUGAGAGGUGCCUGGGUCACCGACUGGUUUGCGGAGCCACUGGCCUCCCAGGGGGAAGAGGAGGGUGAGGUAGUUGAGGAGGUGGGAGAGCCCCGGGAGGCGGCGGAGAGGCGCGGCGCUGUGGGUCACAUCCUGGGUCAGGAGGGACGGGAAGGAGGGCGUCUCGAGGUCAAACCCAGUAGCACUUUAGUUUUGCGUUCCAUGUUUUUUUAGCCUCUCCUGUUUUUUGGCCGAGCGGACUGUGAUCUUACUGGUUGAUUUUCUCGUUCUCCUCCACCCACCAGUGUUACAGAGUGUGUUGGGUGGACGGAGCCAUGGAGCUGAGCUCUGAUUUUGUUCCAUAUUAAAAAAUAAUUUUUACUA